AUGAGUAUUUUUGUAAGCCUGUUCGAGGUGCUGGAGUCCCGAGGGUCUGCUCUGGAUGAGGAUGAGGUGUGGGCAAUCCUCCUCACUGCAGCACAAACCUUAACAAGCAUCUCAAAUAAAGGUCCUGGUCAUCUGUGCAAUAUUAUUAGCCCAGGUUCCAUUCUGAUCUCACCUAGUGGCACUGUUGCAUUCAAAACCUGUGGCCGCACUGACAAUAUGGCAUCCUUCACCUUUCCUGAGAUGACUGUGGCUCAGUCUUCUUCCAACAAAGAGGCUGUUGAGAAGAUGCUCGUUUACUCUCUGGGAAUGACUCUGUACUGGACUGUAGAUUAUCAACUUCCUCAAAAUCAGCCUGUUCAGCUUAGUGACCACUUGAACAGCCUUCUACUGAACAUGUGUGAAGAAGAGUCUCAUAGACAGCCAGAUCUGCUGACAGUGCUGCAUCUCUGUGAGCAGCACCAAAAGAACACUCUCCUUCCUCCUCCAGACAGAAUAAUCAGGCAGCUGGUCCAGGACGUCCUACAGCAUCCAGCAGAUAAUGCAUUGAGUAACUUUACGCUGAUAACAGAGCAAAGUCAGUUGAUUAGACACAGGCUUCGAGGAGGCUACACUGAGAAUUUUGCUUGGGUCCCAAAAGCAAUUAGCUCACCAUGCCACACUUACCAGGCUGAAUAUAAAAGAAGCUCUCAUUCCUCCCAUCACAGAGGGAGCACCAGCAGUCCACCAGCAGUUUUUGACAUCCAAAAGCAGCUUAAUGACAGAUCUAACCAGUCAUUUGGCACUUCACUCAGUCUCCAUGAGAGGAAGACCAAGAAUAUGGGGCCAGAAUUUGUUCGAAUAUUGGAUGAGCCAGUUAUUACCUUGGAGCUGCCAAGUUCCACUGUGUCAAAGAAAGGGAAGUCAUUUUCAACACAAAGGGACGUGAGAGUGAUUAUGCCAAAUGGACAGACCAUCCUAGUCAAGUGUGAUGUCAAGACUCGAGGAGGGGAUAUAUUUGAUAUGAUUAUUGCCCAUUCAAAAAUGGAGGAGCACUUCUACUUUGGUCUUGCCUACACUGACAAUAGCAAUGAAUUCUUCUUUCUGGAUGACAAAACCAAAAUUUCGAAAGUUGCCCCAGAGAGCUGGAAAAAAGUACCCACAUCCACGAUUGUUCUUCACGUCCGAAUCAAAUUUUUCAUCAGUGACGUCAGUCUACUUUUACACAAGCUGACCAGACACCAGUACUACCUGCAGCUCAGGAGGGAUAUUUUGGAAGAUAGAUUGCCCUGUAAUGAAGAGACUGUCCUUUUUCUCAGUGCUUUGGCUCUACAAGCUGAAUUUGGGGACAUUUUGCCUGAGAUGUAUGGGAAGGAGUACUAUCAGCCUGAGUACUAUGUCCCUAAGAGCAUCAUGGAGAAAAUGUCCAGACCUUACCUGAAACAACAGUUACAGCACUUACAUGCUAAUAAUGCAAAUAUGACUACUGAGGAGUCUGAGCUAGAAUUCCUCAAGGCCGUUCAGGAGCUUCCAGAGUAUGGUAUGCUUUUUCAUCAUGCGGCCUGCCAAAAGAUGCUCAGUGCAGGACAGCUGCUGUUGGGGGUGUGUGCCAAAGGCAUCAUUGUGUAUGAAGUUAAAAGUAACAUCCGCAUCAUGAGAUUUAGAUUCUACUGGAGAGAAACCAUCAAUAUUUUUGCAACUAAGCGUAAAUUUGUCAUUGUGAGCAGCAUCAGUAAGAAGAAGCACACUUUUCUUAUGGAAAAGUCCAGAAUAGCAAGGUACCUCUGCAGCCUGUGCACAGCACAGCACAAGUUUCACAUGGAGAUGAGCUCUCGCCAGAUGAGCCACAGUCUGGUCUCGGAGGACAGUAAUUUGCAGUGUGAAGUGUCCAGUGCCCCCAGUGAAAUGAGCAGGAGUAUUUUCUGUUUUGAGGGGACAUCCAAUGAUGGCAGACCUAAUGCUAUUCACCAUGACUCCAUGAGCAAGCUCUGUGAUGACAUUGCCAAUCGUAUUGAAACCAGAAUCAAACAGCAAAGACACUUACUGGAGCACUACAGUGCUUUGACUCAAGAUCUUCAGAGAUUUGCUGGAUCUUCAAAGAGAAGCUCAUGUGUUCCAUCCAUCCCUUCAUUUUUAAGAGAUACUCCAACAAGUCCCCAAGUACCAGCAAGAGAAAUUAUCUGUGUAACUUUGAAGAAAGAUGUGAAGUUAGGCCUUGGUAUUGUAAUUGUUGGAGAAGACAGCACCAGUGGUCUGGAUCUAGGUAUCUUUAUUGCAUCUGUUGUGCCAGGAGGACCAGCUAAUAGGGAUGGACGAAUCAGACCAGGUAGCCGGUUGAUCUCACUGAAUAGGACCAGUCUGGAGGGAGUAAGCUUCAACAAAGCAGCAGAAUUCAUACAAAGUAGCCCCAACCAGGUGGAGCUCAUCAUCUCCCAAUCCAAAGACAAAAAGUCAUGUAGCUGCCUUGCUGGCAAAUACUAUGACCUUCAGUCCAAUAUGAUGGGUUUGUGUAUCUCUAUUUUUUUAGACAGUCAAGGAGAAGAUGGUCUUGAUGAAUUGGUGACAGUGAUGAUGACACCAAAAACUGGGCAUAGACUCCAGGUGCCUGAAGUGCAUGUCCUUAGUGUACAGGUGGAUGGAACCAGACUGCAAGGUUACAAAGAACACCAGGCUGGUGAGCUCCUGGACAAGAACAAGAAGUAUGACAAUGCCCAUCACUGCCUGAAGGUAAACUCAGAUAAUACCAUGACAGUGACCAUAACAAAAGGUGUAAAUGGUCUUGACUUCAGUUUCCUGCUCUCAGAGUUGAACACAUCCCUGGACUGUGGAACGUUUCCAGGCUAAGCAGCAAAAGAGAGUGGCCUCAUCGAGAAGAGGGAUGUGAUUCUGGCUGUUAAUGGAGAAUCACUUAAGAGGCUGCCAUAUCAGCAAGCAGUUCAUGUGAGGAAACCCACCAACAUCCCAGAGUUGAAGCUGUUCUGUACAGAGGAAUGGGCUAAAAUUCCUCCAAGCCAGUGUGCAGGACUGAUCAAC